GCUGUCAGUCUCACAUGGAAAAUAAAACCUGUGAGUGGUUCGUAAUGCACAGGCAUGCGUUACUAAAACAACAAUAAAAACAUUAUUUUUUAAUACUUUAUUCAGUACUGUAUGCACGUGUUUAAGAAGAUAUAAAGAUUCAAGAAACAAAAUGCCACAAUUAGAGGAAAAGCCGCGUGUACUUUUAGAAGAAUUUCGUUUGAAGAAUGCUCCAAACGAUUAUGGAAUGGCUGAUGAAAAAUGGAAUUUCAAGAAAUUUGUGAAGAAGUUCCGUAUUGUCAUAGUAAGGAUGGAUAAUUUUGAAAUGGAAUUUGAUUUGAUUGGGAUGCAGCCAGCUUUUGCCAAUGCUUUUAGGCGACUGAUGUUGAGUGAAGUCCCAAGCAUGGCUAUAGAAAAAGUAAUGAUUAAAAAUAAUACUUCUAUUAUUCAAGAUGAAGUGUUGGCUCAUAGACUAGGACUGAUUCCUUUAAAAGCUGAUCCAAGGCUAUUUGAAUACCGCCCUGAAGAUGCCACAGAAGGAACUGAAUUCAAUACUUUAGAGUUCUCAUUAAAGGUGAGGUGCUCUGUUAAUAAAAAUCAGCCUAAAGACUCUUACAGAGCUGAAGAUUUAUAUGAAAACCACAGUGUAUAUUCUUCUCAAAUUAAAUGGCAGCCAAUAGGCAACCAAGCAUCAGUAUAUAAAGAAGCCGAUAUAUGUCCAGUACAGGGUGACAUCUUGAUUUCUAAAAUGAGACCAGGGCAUGAACUUGACUUACAGUUGGUUGCUGUGAAGGGUAUAGGCAGAGACCAUGCCAAGUUCUCCCCAGUAGCCACUGCUUCCUACCGCUUGUUGCCUGAAGUAACUCUGACAAAAGAAAUCAAAGGCAGUGAAGCAUCACUAUUACAAAGUUGUUUUGCACCAGGAGUGAUCAACAUAGAUUCAGAGGGAAAAGCUUAUGUCCGGGAUGCCCGAUAUGACACUUGUAGUAGAAAUGUAUUCCGGUAUGAUGAACUCAAAGAUGCAGUCAUAUUGAGCAGAGUGCGAGACCACUUUAUAUUUAAUGUGGAGUCAGUCGGAGCUAUGCCACCAAACAUAAUAUUUGUUGAAGCUGUUAAAAUAUUACGAGAUAAAUGUAAAUCAUUCUUGGAUGAAUUAAAUAAGUUUAACUAAUA